GGUGAAACCCCGGUGGGAACGACGGCAGAUAUGAGUUUCGAAGAACCGUGCUCUGAUGUCUCCAUUGGGCCCUCCAGUUGAGAGCUCUUUGGUCUAGCAAUAUUAGCCUAUCAUCCCACUGAAGCUCACUCCUUUCUGGCCCGUGUCAAUAUAUCCCUGCGGCGAAUAGUGAGAAAACCGAUGCAAGGCUAACGGCUUGAAUGGAUGCGCCAGUGCGCUUCCCACCGGGGUGUUCCAAUACCUUGUCCGCUCUGUUGAGUAAAAAGCUCAUCCCGGUAUAUAUGCCUCCCAUGUCCACUUUAUAAAACCCCUUCCUACCCCUCCCCCAGCCUUGGGGCAAAUUUGUUUGCUACAUAGCACAGGCAGUGCGAUUGUCCUGUUCACUAUGAAGCUCCCCACGUUUCCCAAGAUAUACAAUGUCUACUUCGUCGCAUUAAUUGCGACGGUAGGUGGCAUGCUAUUUGGUUUCGAUAUCUCGUCGAUGUCAGCCAUUAUCGGAACAGACCAAUACAUCGAGUACUUCGACAACCCACAUGGAGCCCGUCAGGGAGCCAUCAACUCCGCUCUUGCGGCGGGUUCGGUUGUCGGCUCGCUGAUGGCCGGUCCCAUCUCGGAUAAGAUCGGUCGCAGAGACUCAAUCAUGUUUGCCUCCAUUUGGUGGCUUGUUGGAACAGCGAUUCAGGCUGGUGUCUCCGGAUUCGGCACCCUGAUGGCCGGUCGUGUCCUCAAUGGUGUUUGUGUGGGUAUCACCUCGUCACAGGUCCCCGUCUAUCUAGCCGAAAUCAGCCAGAAGGAAAAGCGUGGCUCCCUGAUCGUCAUCCAGCAGCUAGCCAUCGAAUGGGGCAUUCUGAUCAUGUUCUUCAUUGGAUACGGCUGUUCGUUCAUUCCCGGUCCGUCGUCCUUCCGUCUCGCCUGGGGUCUGCAGUUUGUCCCCUGCGUGAUCAUGAUUAUAGGCCUCCCGUUCCUGCCGCGGUCUCCGCGUUGGUUGGCCAAAGUCAACCGCGCGGAGGAAGCCAUCCUUACCUUGGCGCGCAUCCAGGCUAACGGCAACGUCGACGACCCGCUCGUGGUCGCCGAAUGGGAGGAAAUCACCACCGUCCUCGCUGCCGAGCGCGAGGCUUUGCCCGGAUGGCGCAAAUUCGUGUACAACGGCAUGUGGCGACGAACAAUGGCUGGCUUUACAGUCCAGGCAUGGCAACAGCUAUCUGGUGCGAACGUUAUGACGUAUUAUGUAGUCUACAUUUUUCAAAUGGCGAGUCUCACAGGAAACAUCCUCCUCAUUUCGUCCGGCAUCCAAUACGCCCUAUUCAUCAUCUUCACGUCCAUCAUCUUCUUCUACAUUGACAAGACCAGCCGCCGGGAUCUGUUAAUGUACGGCGCCCUGGGAAUGGCCAUCUGCCAUUUCGUUGUCGGCGGCGUCCUGUCCUCGGGCGAGAUCGUCCCCGAGGGCAUCAACGGCAACCUGAAUGUCCAGGUUCGCGUGGAGGGCUCCAAGGCCCACACCGUCAUUGCGUUCUCGUACCUUCUAAUCAUCGUUUAUGCAUUGACCCUGGCUCCUGUCGCGUGGGUGUACGCAGCGGAAGUGUGGUCCUUGGAGACUCGUGCUUCUGGAAUGUCCAUCGCCGCAGUCGGCAACUGGCUCUUCAAUUUCGCCCUCGGCCUCUUUGUGCCGCCCGGUUUCGCCAAUAUCCGAUGGAAGAUGUUCAUCACGUUUGGCGUGAUGUGUGUGGGGGCAGCCGUGCAAGUGUUCUUUACAUACCCAGAAACAUGUGGCAAAACCAUCGAAGAAGUCGAAGAGCUAUUCAGCGAUAACGGGCCUAAGCCAUGGCACACCAAACCGGGCCAGUCAAGACUGGACGAGAGGAUUGAGGAGGCGCGCGAGAAGAAGAAGUAUUUCAGCGAUGUUAAGACUGAUGCGGGGGUGAUUGUUCAGGAGUCGGAGAAGAAGGCUGAUGUGUAGGGCCGAUCAGUAUAUUGGCCGUUCAAACCACUUGGUCCAGGCAGCGCUCGACUCCAGAGUUGAGAGUUUCAGACUACUACAAUGUAAUUUCUCGAGUCAAGAUUAGCUCACUUAUAC